AUGUUUAAAGUGCCAUGGCUAGGUCUCUUUUCAAGCCAGGCAUAUUGUUAUGUACUGCUUCAAGUAAGCAAAGAUGAACAGAACCGUUCUAAUGUAGACGCACUGAUCCACAAAGUAGUCCCGUCAGAGCAAUACGACAAAUUGGCGGCGAAAAUAACUAGGAAACAAUUCCCCACGUUGCAAGAACAGGAGAAAUUGGAACAAAACCCGGAGCCGAUAUUCAAAUCGCAUAAUGUCAAAGGGGAAAAAAAAGAUGAGCACAGUGACAUUAUCCAAACUAUUAAAGACAUAUUUUCUGACAAGCCUGCGUUGAGGACCGGAUCUUUACAAAUAGCUCCAGAAGUCAUCAAUUUCAGAAGCAACAAGCCUACAUUAUUAUACGAGGUGUCUUCGGACUUGUUGGUCCAAAUCAUCAAAGAAAUUCUAUCAUCAAAGAAGCUAGCACAAUACACAGACGAAAUAGUAAGACGAGCCGCUGUUGUCUACAAAACUAUUAAAGAUAAAUAAAUUGGCACAUUGAAUUUACUCACCACCCUUAUCUAUAGUCGAGAGGAGUAAUUACUUGAGAGAAUGGCGUAACUUGAGCACAUAUUUUAUAUUAGACGGGCAUUGGCGUAGCUACGGAAUUUCCCUAGGUAGUUGGCCAUGGCCUCAGGCAUGAAUCUUGUUAAUUAAAUCAAAAUUUAAAAUGUUUGUUCAUUAUAAUUUAAAAGGGAACAAGUAGUAGUUUGUAGUAGUUUGUCUGAAAUGAAAUGAAAUGAAAAUAUCUUUAUUCAAGUAAGCUUGUUACAAGCACUUUUGAAUCGUCCAAAAAACUUUUUUCCCCUACCACUUGUUCAGGACGUCUUUUGGCUGACAAGAAGAACAAGCGAAAGAAACUUAUCAGCUUUUUAUCAUAAGUAAUGACAUUUACAUAAAUCAUGUCAUUACCAAAAUAAUAAUCUAUCCUAGUAGACAUACUAUUUACUAAGAUGCCUGUGUCAGGAGAUUCAGGAGGACCGUCUCUUCCGUAACAUGUACAAAUUUAAACAUCUUUAA